AUGACCUUGUCCACUGAAAAAGAAGCAAAAUUGAAAGAACUACCACCGAACUUCAGUUUUUCAAGAGAUGAUCCGUUCUAUUUCGGACCGGCCACAUGCCAUUUGUUACAUUACACUCCAGCCGCUUAUAUGGCUGGUUUCGUUGAGAUGGCAAUGUUACUCGGAGGAUCACUUUGGUUCUGGCAGCUACACAGUGUCAAUCAAUCCAUGGAUACAUGGGUCGUUCUCUGUAUGUUCGGCUUAACAGCCGGUGGUCUCUUCACAACUGCUCUAAUGUUCUAUGGACUUAAGACAGAACAAGCUCGACUGAUUGCACCUAAACUGGCAUUCAUACAGCUCGAGAUUUUCAUUCUUAUGGUUUUCGCUGCAGUUGCAAUCGUGGCAAUGUCCUUUGGUAUUGGAUUGACGCACCAGUUAUUUGGUAUUUUUGUUCGGGUACCAGAGAUGGAACGUGAUUUCGGUCCGAUAUGGCCAUUCAACAUUGGCGCGAUUUCUUUCUUUGCAGCAGCUCUUUGCAUUUGGAUGCGAGUACUGGUAGGCAGUGCGAUGGAAUUCAUACUUGACAAGCAAUUCUUCACUGACGCUCCCUCUAUUGAAAUGGAAAAAACUUUGCCAAGACCUGAAUAA